CCACCCCCGAACUACGCAACAAAUAUCCAACAUGUUCCUCCUCUGGUUUACACUCCUCCUCUCAAUCACUACCUCCGCUUCUCCUACCGACACAGCAACCACCAGUCACCGUCUCUCUUACACCCAAAAACAUGGCGCAAACUACACAGUCUUCACCCACGCCCCCACAGGCGCAACUCUCGAAUUCGUCAAUAAUUCCGGAAUCUGCGAGACAACCCCCAACGUAAACCAAUACUCUGGCUAUCUCUCUGUCGGCGAGGGUCUGAAUAUGUUUUUCUGGUUCUUCGAAUCCCGGAACACCCCCUCAACCGCCCCCCUCGCAACAUGGUUCAACGGCGGCCCUGGCUGCUCGUCUAUGGUAGGCCUUUUCCAAGAAAACGGGCCGUGCCAUUUCCCCCUGCACGGUGAUACGGAUACUCCCGUGCGCAAUCCGUAUAGUUUCAACGAGGUUGCGAAUAUGCUGUAUAUUGAUCAGCCGGUGGGUGUGGGGUUUUCGUAUGCUGAUGACGGUAAUGGUGGGAUUGGGGGGGAUGUGAAUGGUACGGAUAGUGCGGCGGGGUAUGUAUGGGUGUUUUUGCAGGCGUUUUUUGAGGCGUUUCAUGAGUAUGAGGGGAGGGAUGUUGCUAUAGUCACCGAGUCCUACGGCGGCCACUACGGCCCCUCCUUCGCCUCGCACAUCCAAGCCCAAAACGAGCUUAUCCACAACGGUGCCCUAAAAGGGGAGACAAUAAACCUAGUCGCCCUGGGUAUAAACAACGCGUGGAUCGACACGGCCAUCCAGGAGAAAUCCUACAUCGAUUUCGCAUACAACAACACCUACCGCUCACUAAUCUCCGAAUCCCAACGAGAUAAUUAUCUCUCUGUAUACGAGAAAACAUGUGUCCCCGCAGUAACCAACUGUACGGAGACAGAAACAGAUGAAUCAUGCAGGAUCGCGAACCGGAUUUGUUCAUCCCAGAUCGAAGGACCGAUUAGUCGGGCUGCGGAUUUCAAUGUCUAUGAUAUCCGCAAACCGAGGAAUGAUGAUGAGCCGCCGAGUACAUAUAUGUCAUACUUGAACCGGGAGGAUGUGAGGAGGAGGAUUGGGGCGAGGGGAAGCAGGUUCAGGGAGUGUGCGGGGGGUGUUGCGCUAGAUUUUGGGAGGACGGGGGAUAACGCAAAAACCCUCCUCCCGACUCUAUCUCAACUCAUCGAGUCAGGCCUACAAGUCCUCCUCUGGGCCGGCGAUGCAGACUGGAUCUGCAACUGGACUGGUAACCUUGACGUUGCGAAUGCAGUCGCAUUUGAUGGAGCCGAGGAAUUCCGAGGAAAGGAGUUGGUUCCGUACAGUGUUGAUGGUGUGGAGAAGGGGACGGUGAAGAGUGUGGGGGGGUUUACGUUUUUGAGAGUUUUUGGGGCAGGGCAUGAGGUUCCUUAUUAUCAACCGGAGACGUCGUUGCAGGUUUUGAGGCAGGUUUUGGAGGGGAAGGGGCUUUAUUCUACUUAGUCGCGUGCAUUAUAGGAGCUGUAUGGCGGUUAGAAGUAUGAAGUAAAUGGUUUACUUCUUCUAUUCGGUAGACAUUCAUUCACCUAUCAGCCUGUCAGAGCUAUAUUUCUAGUAAACCAUAACCAUCAAGCUUCGUCUGAUUUAUCUCAUCACCUUCAUGCCCCAGAUAGUUUCUGCCUUGUGUUCGAUUCCGGUGGAAUAUAUCCCGUUGACCCACGGUCAUUGGUUAUAUGGGAACAGUCCACCUAGCCAUUCCCAACAUCUAAACGCAACAGAGGUGGUGCGUCGGCAUCCAAAGAACAAUCCAGAGAAUGCAUAAAGACCGACCGACGAUCUACAUUCUUACUAC